AAACUAAAUGCAGAGUAAUGAUGAGUAAAACGAAACAACUCUGUAUCCCAGUGAAGCAGUAUUCCUGAUUUUGAAUCUCUCGGCCUCCGUCAAUGACGACGUCGUCCGGUUCCGUGAAAAACGCGAUUCCCCCAACCCUCGUUUCCAAUCUCCACCAAGUGUUUCUCAACAGAAACCCUACCAAAGAAGAAGAAGAGAGUAAUCAUCAAACGAAGAACAAUGCUGAACCCUCACAUUCACAUUCGCAUUCCCACUCACAAUUCUCCUCUUCUUCAUCUACUGAGGACACUGUUCUUGAUGGUAGCUCCAAGCCAGUUGUAUUAAUCACCAACAGUGAUGGCAUUGAUUCCUCAGGUCUCACCCACCUCGUUGAUGCGCUCCUGCGUCAAGGCCUCUACGAUAUUCAUGUCUGCGUUCCUCAAUCGGACAAAUCGGUUUCGGGGCACUCUGUGACUCUUAGAGAAACCGUGGAAGCGUCUUCUGCUGAAAUUAGUGGUGCUGCGGCAUUUGAAGUUUCGGGAUCUCCUGUAGAUUGUGUUUCACUAGCAUUAUCUGGGGCCUUGUUUUCAGGGUCAAGACCUACCCUGGUUAUUAGUGGAAUUAACAGGGGAACAAGCUGUGGUCAUCUCAUGUUCUACUCAGGUGUAGUUGCUGGAGCAAGGGAGGCAUUGUUAUGCGGUGUACCUUCAUUGUCUAUAUCAGUAAAUUGGAAGAAGGAUGAAAGUCAAGAGACUGAUUUCAAGGAUGCAGUAGUACUCUGUCUACCAUUAAUAAAUGCUGCUAUCAGGGAUAUUGUAAAGGGAACUUUCCCCAAAAGCUGCUUUUUGAACAUAGAAAUUCCUACAUCGCCUUUAAGCAGCAAGGGCUUCAAAUUGACCAAGCAAAGUAUGUGGAGAUCCACUCCAAACUGGCAAGCAGUUUCAACUACCCGCUAUCCUCCCGGUCAUUUCUUGGCCAGUAAACAAGGGCUUGGUCUUCAGUUUGCACAGAUUGGCCGAGAUGCCUCUACUGCUGGUGCAGCUCGUAAAUUAACUACACAGAGAAAGAAUUUGGAGAUUGUUGAAUCAAUUGGAGCUGCAGGAAAACCUGAUUCCAACAGGAUAAAGAAGUAUUUCAGACUAGAGUUUUUGGAAAAACAACGGGAAGAUAUAGAUGACAAUCUGGAUUACGGGGCACUUGAAAGUGGAUUUGUUGCAGUUACUGCUCUCUCUCUUUCUCCUCAUACUGAGAAGAAUAUUCAAAUGGCAGUUUCUGAUUGGAUUUCAUCAGUUCUUCCUAGUGAACAAUAAAUUCAAACAGAGUUCUGCUUAAGCGUGGUUGUGUACAUUUGAGAUUUAUGAUGAUUCUAUUUCUAUUUUAUUUUCCGCCUAGAAGCAAAGGUGGAAGAAGCAGCAGUCACAACUAUUUUAUAGUUGAUAUCAAUCUGUAUUGUUCUUUUUCGUGUACGAUAUUUUUUAUUCCCCUCUUCAUUGUUUCAUUUCUUUUGGUCUCUAGUUACUUUUGAUAUGAAGCAAAUGCUUAAUUGCUUCUUGUAAUCUUCUAGGCAUUUUUAAAAAAAUGUCAUUUCCCUUGUUUGUAACUUAAACUACUAGCAAAACGCUAGUGCAUUUGUAAUUGUAAUUUGUUGUUGUUUGAAGAUUGGCUUGAUGGUUUUUUAGUCUCUGGUUGAAUGUCUAGAAGCAGUGUAUUUAUG